UGACGGGAAUGAGAGGGUGCGUGCGUGCGUGGGGGAGAGUGAGAUGCCUGCCUCCCUGUAGCGUGUAGGAGUAGCUCUGGCCUCUUCCUCUACCUCCAGCCGUGCGGUUUUCUGCUGCGGAAGAAACGGGAGCAGUGUCGCUCGUCCCGCUCGCGCGCACAUCCUCAACUCGUCUCCGUCUCUCCCGCGGCAACUGACGACGAUGCCGUGCUCGUCGCCGGCCCCGACAUGGCUGCUGCGAGUGUCGCCAGCGGCUGCCGCGGCCGACCAGGCCGCCGCCUCGUCCUCGUGCUCAUCCAAGGGCGGAGGCCGCGUGCUCACGGCCGGUACCACCACCAUGGACACGGCCGCCACCGCUGCCGCCGGCGGCAAUGCCGCCGACCUCCAGGAGAGCAGCAGCAGCGGCCAGUCCCGGCUCGCGGCGCGCGGCCACUGGCGCCCAGCGGAGGACGCCAAGCUCCGUGAGCUCGUCGCGCUGUACGGGCCCCAGAACUGGAACCUCAUCGCCGAGAAGCUGGACGGCAGAUCCGGGAAGAGCUGCCGCCUCCGCUGGUUCAACCAGCUAGACCCCCGGAUCAGCAAGCGCCCCUUCAGCGACGAGGAGGAGGAGCGCCUGAUGGCUGCGCACCGCUUCUACGGCAACAAGUGGGCCAUGAUCGCGCGCCUCUUCCCCGGCCGCACGGACAACGCCGUGAAGAACCACUGGCACGUCAUCAUGGCGCGCAAGUACCGCGAGCAGUCCACGGCCUACCGCCGCCGCAAGCUCAACCAGGCAGUCCAGCGGAAGCUCGAGGCAGCCUCCGCCGCGGUCGCAAUGCCGCCGGGCGCGGGCGCGGGAGACGUCGCCGUCGGCCAGCACCACCACCUGCUGGCCGCCGCCGCGGCGGCCCACGCCCACGACGCCGCCUACAGCUUCGCCGCGGACCCCUACGGCUUCGGCAUCCGCCACCAAUACUGCACCUUCCCGUUCCCGCCAGGCGCCGCUUCGGCUGAGGACCCGCCGCCGCCAACGCAAAUACAUCCCUUCUGCUUGUUCCCUGGGCCCAGCAGCGCGGCGGCGCACGCCGACAGCAGGCGCCUUCCCUGGCCGCCGUCGUCGGACGCGCCCGGCGUCGCCCGGUACGGGGAGCCGCAUCAGCUCCUGCAGCUGCCCGUUCAAAGCGGCUGGAUCGACGGCGUCGGCGUGGCCGCGGCCGGCCACCACGAGCCGCCCUUCGUCUUGGGCAACAACGGGGGCGCGGCCGCCUUUGAAGGGACGACAAGACAGCAGGGCUCCGGCGCUCACUUUGAAGCUGCCGCGGCGCCGCCGCCGCCAGCGUUCAUAGAUUUCCUCGGGGUCGGAGCCACAUGAACGCGCGCGCAUGUGCAUGCAUGCUCGACUUCACCACGCGCCUUGCAGUUGCAUGUAGUGGGAUCUAGCUAGGACAGGUAGCUCGAGCAGCCUCUAUCUAGUAUCUAGCUAGCUACCUUUGCCAUAUAUGAGGAGUAAGUACAUCGAUCCAAGGCUUAGGUUUAAGCUUAUGUAGUAGCACUAUGUAUGUAUAUGUAUGUCUGAAUGUCUCUGGCUAGAUAGGAACUAGUGACGGAGAUUGAGCUUAUUUAUUUCGGGGCUUUGUAGAGGGAGGGAUGCUUGGACUUUGAUCAUUUGGGAUCGGAUUAGUUACUUGAUUAGCCCCCAGCCAUAUAUGUAUGUAUGCAAGCAAGAUAGAUCGUCGAUGAUGGUGACUUGCAGAGCUAAAUUUGCAAUUAUCCAUUCUUUUA